AUAAAAAAAAAGUCUCUUUUCAAUGCGUGAACUGGGGCUUCCUUUUGAAUAGCUUUUAUUAGUUGUUGCCUGGUAAUAAAUUAUACCAAUAGUUGCAAUAAAAAAUAGUCGGUGACUUGGCGAUGUCGCCUCGUGCUGUAUGUGGGUUCCCAUAACAACGUUUUCAAAGAAGUAACAGUGUUUGGGCGGAAAGGAAGGAAUCCUAUGCAGAGAGAAAACAAACAUUCAUUGAUGUACCUGUGUAGGAUGCUCUUUGCCUUAGAAGUAUAGUUGGGUAACGCAGACCACACAUCAUCGACCGCUGCAAUGACGGAGAACUUUGAGCAGUUGACAAAGGGGAGUUUGUUGCUUUGCAUGACUGUAGCAAUUCACCCGAUCGUUUGUUAGCAUGCGUUCAUCCCUCUGUCCACAAUCAACCUGCUGUGGUGUUUAUCAGACAAGUCCAGUACAUGGUCUCCAUGAGAUUGCAGGAGACGGUCUGCACCAGUCGUCAGAAUUCCUCUCUGCUAGUCAGAGAAGACAACGGGGAUGAACUGCAAGCUGUGCCAGCUGUAACAAAAAUCUGCAACAUUCUUAGCUUCCAUCUAGCUGUUCCUAUAGAUAGAAAAAAGAAAAGUAUUUCAGAAGAGUGUAUCUUCUCUUCCAUUGAGGACCGCAUAGACAGAAACACAAUAAACCUUGGAAAUCUUUCACUUCCCUAUCCGUUGCCAUCCACAAGUGAAACUGAUAAAUUUUCAUCCUCCUUUCGAGCGUCAAUCAUGUCUACAGCUGGCGAUCCAACCGAAAGCGGAACUGAAGAUGAGAUGCAGGACGAGGGCCAAGAAACUUCACUUGUACAAGAUACCUACGUCAAGCAGUAUCUAGCCGAGCAUGAGAGCCAGGUCGUUUUAUGGGAGCAAAUGACUUCUUUUCGACGGGAAUAUAUGGAUAUGCGGGCUCAAGUCGAAAGCAUCUUGACUCGAUUGCACAUGGAUUUCUCCAACAUGACACGCGACGCUUCGUGUAAUUUUGUUUUACUACUCUCCCAAAUGGGAUGCCCUUCGUGUUCAACUGGGGCUGGGCUCGAGGCUUGCUCAGAACGACUAAAAAACCUUGAAGUAGAACUCGAGAAAGCGCGCAGUGAGAGUUCAUCUUUGUCAAACAGAGUAGAAUCUGCAAUGGAAAUGAAUAGCCAUGUUCAAGACAAAUUGGGAGACCGAGAGAAUGUAAUUCAAUCGUUGACGGAGACAAUCGACCAGUUGCAAAGCCAUUGCCAUCAACUAGAAGAGAAUUCAAGCGACGGACCUCAGUGGGAGGAGCUGAUUGUCAAGCUUGAGGGUGCCCUUCGAUCGAUUGGUCGUCUGGUUGUUGACGAUUCUGAUCUGUACAGUCCUGACUACGAAGUCCAACUAGAUGGUGAAGAAACUACCGCAACUAAUUGGACAAACUUGCCUCUUUUGGCAGAGAGUACCUUGACCGCCGUGCGUGCUGUUCUGUCGCGACGGCGAGGUGAAAUCCAACAACUCCAGAGCGCUGUAAACGAAUUCCAACAGAAAAUGGUGCAAACGGAUCAGACCAAAGGUGACAUUGAAAGUCGUGAAAGGGCAUAUCAGAAAGAGUUAAAAGAUCUUCGGUCCCAGUUGUCGGAGAUGACUCAUGAGAAACAACUUCAGAAAGAGAGCGUGCUACAAGCAGAACGAUCAAAUAAAAACAUUCAGUUAGAGCUAGAAGAAAAGGAGAAAGCUAUGCAGAAGUUGAAAGAUGAACUUCAUCGCGAAAAAUCAAGUCGCCAACGCAUGGAAGAGUCCCUUGAAGAGUUAAAGAAAGAAGAAGCCCAUCAGAAAAGUACUCACACAGAGCUACUGACUGAAAUUCAGCAGCUUUCGUGCGACAACCAAAUGUGCCGUACCAACAUUUCAACGUUCGAAGAACGCUUCAACCGCCUCCGAAGGGAGAUGGAUCAAAUGCGUGAAGAACGUACACGGUUGACCGUAGCACUCGAUUUUUCAAAGGAUGAACGAAAUCAGCUUAUCAAACAACUAAAGGAAUUGGAAGACAAAACUGGGUCCUUAAAAGAACAAUCGAGAAGUAUACAGAUGGAAAAAAUGUCGGUUGAGGAUUCACUUUGCCGCUUACAAGUUCACAAAUCUCUCGAUGAAACCCAAAUACAGAAACUAAAUGCAGAUAUUGAACAGAUCAGGAAAGAGAGUUCCGAUUUCUUAAGAGAACGUGAAGAAUUGAAUGAGGAAGUGUCAGCCUUAAAGCACGAAUUGGUUAAAGCUGAAGAGUUACGCACACGACUUGAAUCCUUCAACAGCUCAUUGGAACACUCAUUAAACGUAGCCAACGUCGACAACGUGGAAACCAAGGAACAAAUUGAAACAUUAAUACAGAUAAAUGAGCAGUUGACAGAAAAGCAAUCAUCCAUGGAGCAACGCUACGCCGAAAUUGAAACUGGCAACAAUCAUUUGAUGGAAGAAAUAGGAAAACUUACUCGUGAAUUUACUUUGUCCAAAGAGCGGGAGCAAUCUUGGAAGGAAGAAGUUGAUCGGCUUCGAUUGAAAAUAAACAGUCUGGAAGAGGAAACUCGUGCUGUCCAUCAACAACUUCUGGGAGCACAGAACGUUAACCAUUUGACUCAAGUGUCACUAAUAGCAACUCAAACCAGUUACGAAGAGCUUCAAAUUGAAUUGGAACGUGUCACAAAAGAAAUGCAGGCGAUCGGAGCGGAGAAAGAAAGUUUGCUAAUGGAGCUGCAGCAGCUAAACGAAUCGACCAACAAUGCCGUCGCUCAACUCCAGGAGGAGAAUAAAACUCUUUCUCGAGAUAUAAACGACUUGGACAAACAGUUGCAUGAUGUCGCAAACGAAAAGACAUUGCUAUUGCAUGGUGUAGAGAAAGAAAGGCUUGAGAAAAAAGCUACUUUACAAAGUAAACUCCUAGAAGUUCAACAAGAACACAAGCGCCAUAUUGAAUUGGUGCAAAACCAGCAUAGUAAGGUUGUCCAAGAUAUGCAAAAAGAUAUGGCCCAGCAGCUUGCAAAAUUACAAGAACAGCUCAACAAGCGAGAAAGUGAAAAGCAACAGCAACUUGCCCAGGUUCAAGGAGAACGAAAAGCACUCCAGGAUAAACUUAGCGCUUGCGCCGCUGAAUUAGAGUCUGAACGAAAAGAGCUGGCACGUGUACGCCAAGAAGAGGCCGAACUCCAGGCCGAGCAUAGUCAGUCCGUAGAAAACUUUCGCUCAGAAAUCUCGCGGCUUCACUCGGAUUUACGUUCGGCAGGGGAAAGCCGCUCGAAAGAGAUGCAGACAGCCGAACAAAUUUUGGCUGUGACGAACGAAAGUUUAAAGCGAUCAGAACAGGAUUUUGGAUCGGCUAAAACAGAACUCUCUGCCACCAACCGACAGCUGAAGGAUGCUCAAAGGCAACUGGAAGCGCUUCAGAUUCAACUUAGCAAAAUGGAAUCGCAGAGGGACGAUGCGCGCAAGGAAGGCCUUCAAAGAGGAGGUAUAUUAGACGAGUUGCAGAACGAGCGAUCUGAAUUGCGCAACUCGAUAGUUGGGUUUCAAACAUCGAUCAAGCGGCUCGAGUCUGAACGGGAAGACAUUGUCAAAUGUUUGGAAGAAGCACGCAAGAGGAUUGCAGUGCUUGAAGAGAACCGCGGAGUCCUUGAACGCGAAAUCCAUCACCUGCGCACUUUAGUCAAGGAUGCAGACCAGCAAGUAGCCCGACUCACCGAGGACUUGAAUGUUAACCAGCAAAAGCUAGAACGCUCUCAGGACGCUCAGAACCGCUGGAAAGAACGAAGUGAAGCGUUGGUUGAACAACUGCAAGCAGAACAAAAUCGAACUAUUUUGGCAGAACAGGCUGUUACCAAGUAUAUGAACAAGGCGCAGGCAAUAAAAAUGCACUUUCAGCAGAUGGAACAGCAGUAUACUCAAAAACUUCAGCAAUCUGGUACGCAGCAUUCAUUACACCAACAGCGACUGGACGAGAUGGAUGUGACUGUUCAGAAGACCAUUGGACGCUCAAAGCGUUUGGAAGAAGAACGCCACAACUUCCAUAGCCGCCUUAUUGAAGCUGACAAAGAAGUUGGAAUUUUGAAAACUCGUUUGCGUGAAGCCGACUCACAAGCCCAAGAUUUGACCGAUCAAAUGCACCGAUUGGAACUGGAAAAAAGAGAGCUCAAUAGCCGUUUUGGAGUCCUCUAUUCAACCUUGAAGCGCUUCAUUCGAACUCUUGAAGACACCCAUCAGGGUAACAUCAAUAACAAAUCUCAUGACUCGAUUGGAACCGGUGUCAGAUUUCUCCAGCCGCUGUCUACUACUAUGGAUUCCGAUAUGUCAAUAAUGCGAGAGACGAGCAGUGCUGAUCCGGACGCUAUUCAGGUCGUUUUGCAAGAUUUGAUGCGUCACAUACUGCAGUUACAAGCCCGGCGAGCCGCUGAGACGGCACCAAACCGUGACGAGCCUACUCGCCUAGAAUUAUCAUCUCGUGAACGUCAACGUCAGCAGCUGUCACGCCACCUUCGCGAUUCAGAAGGGAACGCAGCUGGUCUAAGGGAACAGUUGCAUGCGUCACUCAAUACCGUGGCCUCACACACGUCCUUGGGUCCACAAACUCUUCAUCGCGAAUCGACCCGUUUGGACGGCCUGGUUUCAGGUGUUCGUCGUUUCGAUAGCUCGCCCAUUAGGCCCGACGGAGCACCCCAUUGAUCUCUAAUUGAUAUUUUUCUAUUUCAGAGCCCAUUAGUCAGAUUUUAAAAAGCGAACUCUCCUCAACAGAGAUUCUCUUUAAAUACGUUUAUCUUAGUCGUUUAAGUUUAAUAGCACUCAUACAGCCUCUACUUAAUUCUUGGUUUUUGAGCUAUUAUUCCGAGUUCGUCCAAAAUUGCCAUAUACUUUGAGUAAGUUUUGUUUUUGUCAGGAACUUGCCACAUCCCGUGUUGAUCGAUAUCACUCAUUCUACCGAUUGCAUUAACUCAUGUGAUAUAAUUUCAAACGCGGACGUUCUUUUUUCUAGUUAAUCCUGUUCUUGAGAUAUCGAAUCGUACAGUCAACUAGCUAGGGUAGGUAGCCUACAUCCAAGCGGCCCAAACACAUCCUGAUGAAGGAAAUUGCCAACGCUGCAAACGUAUCACACAGGAAACAACGCCAGUGAUACGUUUCUUUUCUCUCUAUUUGAAAAUUUUGAUUGACGAAAUUUGUUUCGUAAAACGCACCAAAUGUCCUGUGGUUUUUAUUGCUGGCUCAUAUGAAUUUUUUCUGGGGUGGGAAUACUUGAUUUUUAUGGUAUGGUCGUGUUUUUUUUUUUUUGUGUGUCCGUAGUAGCACUGUACGGUAUUUAGAUUAUUGCCAAGUGAGCAAUACAUGAAAAAAAUUGUGUGCUCCAAAA